CAAUAUAUAGAGAGAGAAAACAGAGCACAUAUAUAGAGAGAGAAGCAGAGAACUAUUGUGUAUGUGUGUGAAAAUCUACCGGAAAAACACCAUUAAACCCACUUCAGAUCUACCGUAUUCUCUUCUCUCAACCCAUUAAAUAAUCAAAUUCAUCACUUUUCAAUCUCAAAAUCCUGAAAUUUUAGAAAAAAAAUAAUAAAAAUUGCUCUGUUUUAACUCAUUUUUAUCAACAUUCAAUAGUCCGGAGUAUUUUUCUAUCGAUUUUCGCUCAGUUUCUGUGUUUUACAGCGAGAAAUUCGAACUGGGUAUUGUUUAUUUUGUUGAAAUUGGUGGGGGAUUUUGAGUUUUCAUGGUGGUUUUAAGGUAGUGUGCGCCGGAGCUCCGAUAAGCGGAAGGGGAGAGCUCCGGCGAGAAUUUUGAAUUGGAUUUUUUUUCUGUAAUAAAUGAGUUGAGUUGAGGGUAAAAGUGUAAAAAAAAAUGUUUAAGUCGGCUAGAUGGAGGAGCGAGAAGAACAAGAUCAAAGUUGUAUUCAAAUUGCAGUUUCAUGCAACUCAGGUAGCGGGGGAUGCAUUGAUGAUAUCUGUAGUCCCUGCUGAUGUGGGAAAGCCAACGUUAAAAUUAGAGAAGGCACCGGUUCGUGAUGGGAGCUGUUACUGGGAGAAAGCAGUUCUUGAAACUGUGAAGUUCAUUCAAGAACCGAAGUCGGGGAAGAUUCAUGAAAAAAUCUAUUACUUCAUCCUGGGAACUGGGUCUUUAAAAUCCGGAGUUGCUGGAGAAGCUUUGAUUGAUUUCUCGAAUUAUGCUGAGGCGUCUAAGAUCUCUUCUAUUUCUCUUCCACUCAAAAAUUCAAAAUCUGGAGCUUUAUUGCAUGUUUCGAUACAGAGGAUUCAAGAUUCUUCUGAUCAAAGUGUUGAAGAAAUCGAAGAUGCAAGACCAAAUUCCGAUAAUAUGAUCUCGAGGACACAACUAAGCAAUGAUGAUGUAGAAGCUAGCCUUAAGGGAAAUUAUACAGAGGAUGGUCUGAUCAAUAAACCUAUUUUGCACAAUGGUGAACUGAAUGGCAUCCGCCGGGCAUCAGGUGAAUCUGAUAUUACCAUGUCCAGUUCUGGUAGCAGCUCAGGGCUUGAUACACCUCAGCGAAUCAAAAUGAGAAACAACAUUGGCAAUCAGGAUCACAUAAACUUCCCUUUGUCUCCAAAUCAUGCGUUAAUUCUGCGGAAGCCCAGUAUUGACGUCUCUACAACAGUUUCUGAAGAAAUUCAGCAGUCGGAAUGGUUGGGGGGUUCCGUUCUUGAAGCAAGUACAGAUGGCUCUUCAAGCACUCCAAGAGAAACUCUUCUUAGAUUAGCAUCACAGGAGGUCUCAGAUAUUGUUGUUGUGAAGCUAAAAUCUGAGCUCGCAGUGUUUGCUAGGCAGGUAGAAGUGUCAGACUUGGAACUUCAAACCUUGCGUAAACAAAUCGUCAAGGAGAGCAAAAGAGGUCAGGAUCUCUCGAAAGAGGUUGCUAGCCUGAAAAAUGAACGAGACGCUCUCAAGGAAGAAUGUGAUAAACUAAAAGCUUCCCAAAGACGUUUAAAUGAGGCGAAAUCCAAAGACAAGUUGCUCUAUGAACAAGGGGAUCUUCAAACUCUUGUUAGUGAACUUAGGCAAGAGUUGGCUUAUCAAAAGGAACUUAAUGCAAAUCUGGAAAUACAACUUCAGAAGACACAAGAAUCGAAUUCCGAGUUAAUUCUUGCUGUGCGUGACCUAGACGAAAUGUUAGAACAGAAGAACAAACAAAAUGUUAGCCUUUGCAACAAAUCAACCACAUCAUGUGAUGCUGAAAAUUUGCCAGAUGUUGUCUCCAAGCAUGAAAUGACUGAUGAAGAUGACGAAGAGCAAAAAGCACUAGAGCAGCUUGUGCGAGAGCAUAGUGAUGUCAAGGACUCAUAUAUGCUGGAGCAAAAGAUCACAGACCUGCGCGGUGAAAUCGAGAUAUACAGGAGAGAAAGAGAUGACUUAGAGAUGCAGAUGGAGCAACUUGUCCUCGACAAUGAGAUACUGAAGCAAGAAAACCAUGAUAUGUUAUACAAACUUGAGCAAAGUGAGUUUCAGGAACAACUGAAGAUGCAAUAUGAAUGUGCAACUUCUUAUUCAACUGUAAGGGAACUUGAAGGACGGAUUACGGGUUUGGAGAAUGAACUGACGGAGCAAGCAAAAGAACUCUCCGAUUCAUUGGUCACCAUAAGUGAACUCAAAGCUCAAGUCAGUAGCCUGGAUGAAGAGCUGGAAAAUCAAGCUCAGGGAUUUGAAGCUGAUCUUGAAACUCUUUCUUGUGAUAAAGUCAAACAAGAGCAUAGAGCAAUACGAGCUGAAGAAGAACUGAGGAAGACAAGACGGCACAAUGCUAGUACAGCAGAGCGGCUUCAGGACGAACUUAAAAGUCUCUCCAUGCAAAUGAUGAGCUCAUUAAAAGCGAACGAAAAGAAAGCAUUACAUGAAGCUAAUGAGCUCCACCUGCAGAAAAUGCAUUUUGAAGAGACGCUUCAAAAAUCAACCAAGGAACUCCGAUCAAUCAGAGUGCAUUAUGAAGCAAAAAUGCUUGAGCUUUCUAGCCAGGUAACUAAUAUGUACGGUCAAAUGGAAAAAUUGCAGUUGGAAAUUGAAGCAAAAUCCGCACAACUAGAAAAACAAGAAGAGGUGGCUAAAGGAACUGAACACCACUUGUCGCAGAAAAUCAUCUCUCUUAAAGCUGAGAUUGAAAAUCUAUUAGCAGACAAGAAUAUCCUUUAUCAACAUGCCGAACAGAAGAAUAUGCUAAUCGAGGAGUUGGAAAAUACUAGGAAAUCAAUUGAGAACAUGCGAUUGCUUGUCGAGCAAGGUCACAGUGAAAGAAGAGAACUGGAAACUAGGCUAGAUUUAGUGGAAAAAGAAGCUAUGGAGACUGUGAAGGAACUAAACUCCACGAGAUCUAUUAUGGAUGAGAAGGAGACAUUAAUAUUAGAACUGCAUUUGGAAGUGAAUAUACUUAUAUCUGAAUGCAAUGAAAUGAAGAAGUUUUUGUUUGAGGAUGAAUCAGAGAAAGAAAAUUUGAGAAAGCAGCUGUCCCGGCUGAAAGAGGAUCUGAACAAGAAAGAGGAUGCAUUAAAUAGUUUGGACAAAAAACUCACGGAUUCUAAUAGUCUAAAAGAGACAAUAAAGUUGCUUGAGGGUCAGAUCAAGCUGAAGGAAAAUGCACUUGAUAUUGCAAAGGAUUCAUUUAUGGAGAAGGAGAAGGAUCUUCAAGACAAAAUCGAAGAGUUAGAAAGAAGAUUAGAAGAACUCCAACAGAGCACAGAAAGGCUCUGCGAACAGAAGUCCCUAAAGGUGGCGAUGGAAGAUCUAAAUCGCACAAUUACAACAGGCACGGAAAAUGAAAAUCCCCCUCAAACGUUGUCUACAGAGAGCAACAACAGCUGUUGUUCGGACGAGGAAAUGGAAAGCACAGCAUCCAAUACCAGAAAUCUCGAAGAACUAUCAAAUGAAACGGAACUACUGAAGGAGAGGAACAAGUUCAUGGAAGUUGAAUUGAAGGAAAUGCAAGGUAGAUAUUCAGAAAUAAGCCUUAAAUUUGCAGAGGUAGAAGGAGAAAGACAGAAGCUUGCGAUGAAACUGAGAAACAUCAAGAGCACAAAAAAAGAGCUCGUAAAAUAGAUUUAAAUUGAAAUAAAUGUAAAUUGCUGAGGGAUUAUUUAUUUAUUUUGGCAUAUUCUUUAUUUAUUUUUUCCUUGCAUAGAGUUACACCAUCAGAUAAAAUACAAAAAAAAUGAGUAGUUUUAGCAUAUAGUUUACAAUUCCUUUGAGAAAUAAGAUGCUGUGUAAGAGCAUUUCAAGUUGUUUUUUUUGUAGGUAAUGACUAGUGGUAUUUUAUACCUAUGAAUUUUAUU